AUGGUCGGCCGCUUCUUGGAAGUAAGGAGGGCGCUUCAGGCGAUGGUGAUUAGCGAGGAGUGGGAGCAAGUGGCUGUGGCACGGACGAAGGAGGGGCAAGCAGUCCGGACGCUCCUACUUGAUGAUUUGUUUUGGGAUCUUGCCAGCGCAGUCCAUCGCCUCAUGAUUCCAAACUAUGAGGUGCUUCGGGCUGUUCACAAACGCUCUCCACUCAUGGGGCAGAUAUAUGGCCUCAUGUUAGAGGCUACAGUCAAAACGAACGCGGCUGCAGAGGCGGCAGCUGACCCAGUUCCACAAGGGAGAGGGGCGGCUUGGAUCACACGACGCCCGUUGGGCAGCCUCGACUUUGGUGGAGGGGGGGCGCUUCAGGAGCUGGCUGUGAUGACCCUAUCACAGCCAGUCACCUCUUCCGAGGUGGAACGCUAUUGGUCCGCCCUUGCUCGUGUGCAGAGGAGGGACCGGAACCGCCUGGCCGCCACAAAGAUGACUGACGUCACCUUUGUGGCCUUCAUCAGGCGGGCCCGUGAGGCUUUCGAUCGCAGGCAGGUUGUGCGUGAGAAGCUCUACCGUGACCUGAGCAACGACACCCUCAAGGACGGCUGCCUCGUUCCCCCGGUCGCACCAGAAGAAGAGGAAGAGGGGGCUGAAGUAGUGGGGGAGGGAGAGGAGGGAGAGGAGGGGGAAUGUACCACAAUUGACUGGGCGGAGUUCAGGAGCAUUGGGAAGAAGAGCAGGAAGAGGAAGGCGGGAGCGGGAGAGUCCUCCAAGAGGAAGGGUAAGGGGAAGGGGAAGGGUAAGGGGAAGGGGAAGGGUAAGGGGAAGGGGAAGGGGAAGGGGAAAGUUUCAUGCAAGGGUGUGAGGAAGGGAAAGGCUGCAGAGUGGGGGGAGGAGGAUGAGGAGGAGGAGGAGGAGGAGGAGGAGGAGGAGGAGGAGGAGGAGGAGGAGGAGGAGGAGGAGGAGGAGGAGGAGGAGGAGGAGGAGGAGGGUCUGAUGGCGGUCAGCAGUGGGCGUGAGGAGGCGGCACCCGCCAAGAACCCAAGGGGCAUCGAUCCGUGGGAUAUCAGCGAUGGUGAUAGUGGGGAGGAGGAUGACGAGGAGGAGGAAGAAGAGGAUCAGUAG